UGACACCAGACCCUGUGUUGUCCUCCUCAGAUGUGAAUGAAGCAGCUGGGCACAGCAGCUUUGGAAGCUCAGUAGCUAGGACGCCUGGAAGAGGCAGAGAGGAGAGAUGGCGUUCUUCCAGGCAACCAGCGCCUCACUCUAAGCAGAUGUAGUAAUUCGCGCUCCAUGGACGGCAAUGCUGUAUUACUUGCUUUAUGGCUGAACCUGCACCUUAGUUUUGGGCAUCACCAUGGGCUCACGCUGAUGGAGCAGGCGGAGAGCUGGGAUGUAGCUCGCCUUUACUGCCGGAUGUACUUUGUGGACCUUGCUGCUGCCCACACAGAGUCUCAACUGGGCCCCUUGAUCGAAGUCGCCAAAGCAGUGUCUGGCAAGAUCUGGAUUGGCCUGCACUACAGUGGCCCUACAGGCUGGAGCUGGGUGGAUGGGCAAGUGCUCAGUUACAACCCAUGGAAAAAAGAGAACAAGCUGGGAAGGUGUGGCACCAUCGACACCCGGCUGUCCGGAGACAAGAAGCUGCUGCAGCGGAUUUGCAUGGAGCAUCGCCCCUUCAUCUGCCAGGGUCCAGUGCCUCCAAAGAGAGUUGACGUGGACUUUGUGGGGACAGACUGCAUCUUCCUCAAGUGGGAUAGACCCAUCUCUAUGGAGACUGUCCAGUACAGCUUCAACAUCAGCUACUCCUUAGUUUUCCAAGGCAGCAGUGCAUCCAAAAUAUGCAACUCCACCUCGACCUCAAUUUGCGGUCUCUCUCCAGGGAGCGAAUACACCUUCUCUGUUUCCACAGUGAUGAGGACAGCUGAUCAGAGCCCCCCAACCUCCGUCGGCGUUGUUACACGCUGUCCAGAUAUUACAGCGCUUUCUGUUUUGAAGUUCGUGAUCCCAGUUCUGGCAUUUUGGCUGCUGUGUUUGUGUUAUUUCAUCAAGAAAAUGAAUAGCAAAAAAAAUCCCAAAGAAGAGACUGAUUCAAAUGAGGCCAUUCAGGACUUAAUUUCAGAAAAACUGGAAGUUUAACUUCAGUAGUGUCAUCAGUGUCACCCUAUUUAUUUUACUUUAAUAUGAUCCUCAUCACUAUUCCUGAACCCCACUGCAAAAAUUUGCUUGUUUAUUCUUCCAAGCGCAGGAUGUUAUGCCGGAUAUCUGAUCAUCACCUACAACUCAAUCUUUCCAAAACGGAAAUCCUUCACCUCCCAGCUGAUCCGUCUUUCUGUCGAGAACUCUUUGUCAAACUGGACAACUCGCUCAUUUUGCUCCUUCACCGCCUAUCCCUGAUAUUUACAAGACCCGAUCCCUCGCUACAGCCCAACCAGACUGCUACAUUCCUCCACCUCAGCCCGCUUGGUGGUCUCACAAACAACAGGCCCAAAAGCACAAUGUUUUUCAGUUCUGGUUUUGAUGUUGUGGAAUGACCUUCCCGUCUCACUCAGAACUGCUGAAUCUGUCUACGUUUAAGAAGGGUUCCACAAUGCAUCUCUUUUGCACUCACUU